AUGGCUAUAGUGAAGACGUUUCACAAUCUGAAUAGUCACGGCUCGUUUCGGCUUAGAAAUGGACAAAUUGGUUUCCAAGAAGUUGAAGACGCCCAAGAUGCUGACCGCUUUAUAAAGGAGUCCACGGUGGGCGCUUUACAAAAAAUCAUACAGGAACAACAAGUGGACAGUCCUGGGACAGAGCCUGAGAAAGGUUUGGGCCCUGAUAUAGCCAGCAUGGGUUUGGCGAACUCCUUAGAAGACACAUCGAAUGCCUUCCAGGCCUCUACGGCAUAUGAGGUCAAUUUCACAUUCGACGACAUCGAUGAUGCCGAGCUGGACACCUACAUCAUGACAGAACACGAGUUCGAGUGUAAGAAAGGUCUGUGGCACCAAAGGAAUGCCGAUUACUUGGAGGAACAGAGAGCCAAGGCUGAGAAGCUGCAAAAGGAGCGCGAGGAAGGCAAACCAGAAAAGAAGCGGAAACGGACCAGUAGGAAAAAAGCUAUUGGCCCAGCCAAUUCAGCGGGGGAAGCGAUAGAAAAGAUUCUGCAAGAAAAGAAGAUAUCUUCGAAAAUAAACUACGACGUACUGAAGAGUUUGAAUGCGGCAACCUUGAAGAAUGAGCCGUCAGUCGUGGAGGAAGAAACGGUUCCUACCACUUCGGAGGCUAUAACGAGACGUAGACUAUCAUCUGCAUCCAAUUUAUUGGAACAAGCUCCUGUGAAGGCAGCAGGUCGGAAAUCAAAAAUCCUCAAAGAUGUUGGACUGCCCUUCUUGGAAAGCCCUUCCAAGGGCCCAACCAAAACCGAGCUCAAACCGGAGAAAAUGGAGAAACCGGUGAAAAAAGAAGUAGUGAAGAAAGAGGAAUCGGCUUCAACACUGUCCGAAGAGGAAAUGGAUGAAUACUAUGAAGAAGAGGAGCAACCCCCAGAUGAGACUGCUAAUGAAAUAGGGGUGCUUCAGAUGUUACGGCAACACAGGGAGGAUGAGGAUGGCGAAGGAGAGUUUGGUUAUGGUUACUUCGAAGAGGAAUAUUAGGAAUUUUAUUUGACUUAUUCAUAUUCCAGACAUUUUUAAAUAUUUUGAAUAUUAUGUGUAUUUAUCUAAAUCGCUUUCUAUGGAAUAUUCUGUGCUAAAUGAAUUUAUCAUUUUAUUUUGUAUCUUUUUUAGUUAAUUUUCAUUUAUUUGACA